GACGCGCGUGCAAGUUCAGUGUCAGUUAACCAUCGCAAGAAGAAGAGCAACUAAUAAACGAAAUAAUAAUUAAAUGGUGGCGCACAAACGAGUAUUCAUCUCGCUGACUGGCCUACUGGCACUACAGUUAGUGGCGGCACAUCCGCGCCUUACCUACAGCGCUUUAUACGCCUCGGAAGAGGAAGGAUUGGUAAGGAAUGUUGACUAUGCAGCGCAUUUGCCCUCGUCCGAGGCAGCGCCGUCAUCGGAGGAAUCCGGAAUGUCAAAGGAAUCAAAUAACGAAGGGUGCCACAGAAUCGGCCCCAAUAUUCCAACAAAAAUUAGGGACGACGCCUACAGCGUAUUUGCUAAAGUUUUGAUACGCGAUUCACGCGAGGUUUUCAAGAACAAAUUGAGGGAACUGAAACUGAUUAAAACUGAAAAAGAAAUGGAUGUGACGCAUUUUUUUGUUGUGCUGAAGAGAAUCAAUAAAGUGCGGCUGGUGAAUGCGUCGCAUGAAGGCGAAUUAAUGUUCGAUGCCAUAAGGAGAAUAGACGCUAAAAAUGCAGAUAGUUUCGACGACGAACCUUGGUUGAAUAGAAUGAGUUUUCGCAUCUUCUGCUUAGUCUUCGAAGCCAAGGCGGAUGUUGAUAUAGACAGUUUGGCCGACAAUUUUACUAUCGAGGAAGAGAUUAGUCAGCACUUGGAGGUAUUCAAGGAGUUUUGGUUGGAUUACGCACCACCGACGAAUACCAAAAAUAGUGCAAGCGACCUGGCAGCAGAAACGGAUAGCGAAAGCAGUGACACCGUAUGCGUGAUUGAUGUUGCUAAUCUUCCUGCGAAUGCCACCAAUAUUACGCACAUAAUUUUUGCUGAAAUUAUCAUACGCGACACACAGAAAGUGGCGCAAAGGAAGUUGGACGAAUUAGAGUCGUUGCAAGAGGAACAAUACAAAUGGUACAUUAAAGACUUAAGGACUAUGUUGGAACAUAUUGGCAAUCGCACGCAUGAUUAUGCAAAGCAAGAAGGAAGAUCGAUGUACGAUUCGCUCCAGAAAAUCAAUGAAGUGAGCGGUGAAGGUGAUCCGGCUUGGCUCGAGAAACUUGUUAGUCGCAUCCUCUGUAAGGCACAAAAGGUGAGCACGGAAGACGAAAUGAAGCGUAUAGCUGAGCAUUUUUCGUACGAAGAAGCCAUUGAGGAGCAUUUUGAAGUUUUUAAGCAGUUUUGGCUGAAGUGUAAAAAUUUAUUUAUUCAUAAGGGCGUAACUCUGUACAAGCAUUGCAGAAGAGAAAAGAAAACUAAUUAUGACUAAACUAAGUUUACUGAGCAGUUUCAUGUAGGUGAGCUAUGAAAUGUAUUCUAUGUGACUUCCAAGUGAAUUUGCUGUAAUAGUUUUAUAUAUAUAAAAAUAUAUGCCCGAGUACCUUUUAAAUUA